CAACCAAAGCCAAGUGCAUCACGCUGACCCAAGUACACACCCAAACACACUCUUAGUUCUUUCUCCUCACAUCCUCCUAGAGCAACCAAAGCAGAAGCAAUGAGGGCCCUGGGGGUUGCGCUCUGCGCUCUUCUGGCGGUGCUGCUCCUAGCGGAAGCAGGGGUGCGCGUUGAGGCCGCUGUGACAUGCAGGCCGAUAGAGCUGAGCGCGUGCGUGAGCGCGAUCACCUCUGCAACCCCACCGACCACUCUGUGCUGCAGCAAGAUCAAGGAGCAGAAGCCCUGCCUCUGCCAGUACCUCCAAAACCCGAACCUCAAGAAGUUUGUCAGUUCCCCCAAUGCCAAGAAAGUGGCCAGCACUUGUGGCACUCCCUUUCCCAAGUGCUGAGACGUAGCCAGUCAUGCCUAGAGCUUUCAUUAUCAAUGCCUUUAGUCCUACUUCGGUAACUAAGAAUUUUACCUAUGUUCUGAUGCACCAUUUUGUCAUAUUUUAAGAGGGUUUUAAGUCCUUUGUUGCAUGUGCUUAUGUUGCUAUAUAUGAUGUGAAGGCACUGGGUGAGAGAUGAAAAUGGUAAGCGGGUCACGGCCUCACUUACCACAUGUACUCAUUUCCAGGCUUGUUCUAAUGUAUUAUCUUGCUUGGGAUGUACUACUACAAGGCAUAAUCUGGCUCAAAGCACAUUGUUUCAGCUGUUGUAUCUUCUCUUAUAUGCAAUAUUGCAAGCAAUGUCAAUCCGGUGUGACUGGUCCAA